GGGCUCUGCGGGGAGGGCGCGCGGGGUGACGAGCAGAGGCCUCGGGGACCUCGGGUCAGUCCCUGGCCCCAGCCACGUGUCCUCAUUCAGCACUUGAAAGGUGACUGCCGUGAUCAGGAAGCAAUUUUUAGUCUCAUUUACUGUUAAUUUAAAAUUUAAAACCAAAGCAGUGCAGAUAUGUAGUACUUAUGUGCUGACAGUACUUGUGACACGUCGGAUUAAAUAAAGUGAGUUACUGAAAUUGCGGCCGUUUCUUCCUACUCUCUACAUGUGCCUCCUUGGAAGUUUAAAAUUACCAGCCUUGCUGGUGUUGUGUUUCUAUUGGACAAACAUCCUAGCUCCCGAGGGACACUCUGCUGGGUGAGGGGCACAGGACUAACGUUUACUCUUAGCCUGGUUGUAUCAGGAGUGCAGUAGGGAUUCUUUAUUUUAACCUUUUAAAAGAUAAACUUAUUUUUAAUAGUUUUAGAUUUGCAGGAGAAUUGCAGAGAUGGCGGUUCCUGUGCUUUCCACACUUAAUUUUCUCCAUUAUUAACAUCGUGCAGUAGCGUGUCACUUUUGUCACAGUCAGCGACGCCCAUGCUUUAUUAACUCAGGUCCAUUGUCUCUUCCAGAGUCCCACAUGACAGUCCUUGUGUCUCCUCAGGCUCCUCUUGGCUGUGACAGUUUCUCACUUUUUGUUUUGAUGACUGAGACAGUUUGUAGAAUGUCCCUCAGUUGAGAUUUGUCUGUUUUUCACGAUUAGACAGGGACCAUCUCUUUUGCAGACAUCAGUAUAAUCUUCCAAAUGCCUUAGGCCGUCUUAAGGAAACAGGUUCACUCUGAGGUUGAAGCCUGGAUUCAGAGGGGGAACUGUCCGUGCUGGGAAGUCCCAAAUCUGCAGUCUCUUCCUAGGAACCUCACCCAGUGCAGGCUUCUUGUCUGUGCCUGCAGCUCCUAGGUGUCUUCUCUGGGUCAGCCCUGGCUCCCACACACCUGCCAUUGUGGCCUUGCCCCCUGGUUGUUAUGGGCACCAUGGGCUUUGCACGGCCCAGGUAGAGCCUAGAACCACUGCUGCCCCAGAACUUAUUCCAGCUGAGUAUUUUCUUAUCCCGGCUCUGCCAGCAUCACAGACGUUUCUAUUAACUUCAGUCCUUUGAGACACCAGAUAUGCCUGUCAUUACAUGUCGCUUCUCAGUGGCCUUGCUGAUGUGUCCCUGCCCCCCCCCCCAUUAGUUCCCAACAUUCCAGGGUGCCAUCCAAUAUGUUCCAUAAUGGGAACAUUUCCUCCUCAUGCCCCACGUGCUACUGAUCAUUUAAAAUGUGCUUAGUGUGAAUGGGGAAGUGGAGUUUCAGUUUCAUUUCAUUUUCAUUAUUUUGAAUUAAGUAGCCACAUAGCUAAUGGCUAUUGGACAGCACAGUUCCAGACUCGGCCUCAGUGUCCCCUUCAUCGAGGUAGUUCUGGCCGCCUUCUUAUAGCCACUCCUUAUUACCUGGCUUUGUUUCUCCAUCACUGGUCACCCUGCUGUUAUCAGUCUGUCCCUACAGAGUAAGUUUCACACGGGCUUCUUGUAUCUGUUUUGCUCCCUGUCUGGUUGCCCACAACAGGCCUAGCACUAAGCUUUGGGUUGGGCAAGGGCAUUGGCUCCUCCAGGUGCUUUCCCAGGACAGAGAAAUGUCUUGUCAGAAAUAUUUAAGGGUUAUGUGUGACGAGGGGUCACAAGGACACCCUGUCUCUUGUUUCAACGUUAGGCGGGAACCACUCUCCCUUGUCAACCUGCGGAAGAGGAACCUGGACUCUGGGGACGAUGACGUUGUGACCAGGAUAGACCACUACAAGACCAAGGCCACGCGGCACAUCUUCCUCAUCAGACACUCCCAGUACCACAUGGACGCCUCCCGGGAAAAGGACCGCACCCUUACACCUCUGGGUCGUGAACAGGCUGAGCUAACGGGUCUCCGACUCGCAAGCUUGGGGUUGAAGUUUAAUAAAAUUGUGCAUUCCUCCAUGACCCGCGCAGUAGAAACCACCGACAUCAUCAGCAAACACCUGCCAGGUGUCUCCACGGUCAGCACAGACAUGCUGAGGGAAGGCGCCCCCAUCGAGCCUGACCCACCUGUGUCUCACUGGAAGCCGGAGGCUGUGCAGUAUUACGAAGAUGGAGCCAGGAUCGAGGCCGCCUUCCGGAACUACAUCCACCGGGCAGAUGCCAAACAGCAGGAGGAUAGCUAUGAGAUCUUCAUAUGCCAUGCCAACGUCAUCCGCUACAUCGUGUGCCGGGCGCUGCAGUUCCCUCCAGAAGGCUGGCUCCGCCUCUCGCUCAACAACGGCAGCAUCACCCACCUGGUGGUCCGGCCUGAUGGCCGUGUGGCACUCAGGGCCCUUGGGGACACGGGGUUCAUGCCUCCUGACAAGAUCUCCCGCUCCUGAGGCCCUGCUUUUCUCACCCAUGCCUGGCUUUGGCGUGGGAGCCACCAAGAAUGCGUCCGCCUUGCCUGUCCACUCCACAGGCUGCGCUGCAGUCAAUUUCUCCAGGACCAGGUGGCGGUGAAGUGUCUGAAACACUGCGUUUCAGUCCUUUCUGGCCCAGGAUGGAAAAGGGGAACGUUCAGGUCAGGCCAGCCUGAUACUUCCGCGAGGUUUCCUGCCUUAGUCUCAUCCAGGACAAGCCUGUGGGGUUCAAGCAGGCUUCACAGAUGUCACUGCCAGGACCAUGGCAGAUCUGCAGCUGGCCAUGCGACCCCUUGAGGCUCUCUCAGUAAAGCCUGUUGGGCACCAGGGACUUGGAGGAGGGCUCGGUGUUUCCAUUCAUCAGUUAUUUUGCUUCAUACACUCUCUUCAUUUCUUAAAACCCCUUUGUCACUUAAAUAUUUGUCAGAGAUUUUCCAUCUGGGUUCUUGCAUUGAAAACCAGUGUCUCCAAACUCAUGCACCCCGAUGCUGCUGGUCCUCAACUGACCUAUGCUAUUAGGCCUCUGGACACAGGAGCACCUGUGCUGGCGAGGGAGAAGAUGCAAUCUGCUGGUCUCACGGGAGGGGCCGGGUGGUAACAGCCCAGAAGAGUCCUCAAGUAAAAUGUCCCAACUGACAGCUCAUUCUUUGUUUGCCUCUGGCUAUUAAACUUUUAUGCUUAUGGAUUAAAAUAUUUGAUGUGUCGACCCAAACAUUGAUAUUUACAAAAACAGUACAGUUUCUAUGAAGUGGUUAUGAAUAUUUUCUGUAGUCAGCGCAACUAAAUGGGGUAUCUCAUCAUUUCUGUCAACUUUGGAAAUAAGUACAAAAUAAAAUUUUAUUUUACUGGUUUUCAAA